AUGGAACCACAUUUACUACCAAUCCAGACCUUAUGUGAACAUUCUUGGGAAUUACGACCAUUAUGUGAGACAUUACUAGGACGUCUUGUUGCAAUCUGUGGCUAUACAAAUCAUUUUCAUCCAGACACUUCAGCCAUUUCCACGGAUCACGUGAAAUCCUUAGAAACUGAGAAAUCACAUUGGUCAGUGGAAAUUGAUGCUGCUUUCUCACGUUUUACUCAUUUAUUAGAGAGUUUAGGAGCGACAGACAGUGCCGUCUUUCGUCUAGCAGUUGCUCCUUCACCAGUUCGUGAAUUACGUUUGUUACAUGUGUUAGUGGAUACAAUCUUUCAUGCGUUUCAUGCGCAACAUAUUGAUCCAAAUCCUUCCUGGGCACAGGAAUGGGAAGAAGAAUUAGAACGGAUUGAACAUCAAUUACAACUUGCAGCACAGGAACAAAUUGAUCAAGCAGCAAAUUUUUGUAUCCUUCAUGAACAAGAAGAAAUGGCAGCAGUCGUGAAAUUUGCGUUUAAACAAGUCCAAGAUGUUGUUACAAGACGGACGAAGAAGAGAAAGAAAGAUAAGAACGUUGUUGUCUUUUCACAAAGCUAUGAGAGUCAGGAAGAUACCGUCGAGGAAUCAAAACUUGAUGGAACAGAGUUAUUUCCGGAUCAUGAAGAAUCGUUACGAAUUUUAUUUCGUCGAUUAGUACGAGUUUGCGGCGUUCAAGUGCCUGUUUUACCAUCCUGGUUCCUAUCACCUGCUGAAGUUGCUUUACAUCCAAAUACGCGCUUUCGUGGAGGACCGCAAUGUCAAAUUACAAGUGCUAGUUGGAUGCGAAGUCGUGGACAGAGGAAAAGUGGUGUCCAACAACUUUUGAUUAAACAGUUUGUGACUGGAAAUGGAGCGAAUGUCAAGUCCGAGGCGGCACUAUUGCAAGCAGUUGAAGCUAUACGACACGAGACUGAAUUACUACGUGAUGUUGUCUGUCAUCCACAUGUGCUGCAACUAGCAGGAGCAUCAACUUUUGGGUCACAACCAUUUGUGGCAUUUGUGAGUCCAUGGGCAACCCCUGAUACUGGAUCACCAAUGGUGACAUCACUUGAAGACUACUUGAACUUGUCUGUUGACCACCGACGUCAAUUAUUUCGUCUACUUGCUCAAGCUGCUAUGGGACUCCAGAGUCUGCAUGAGGCGUCAUUGAUUCACGGUGAUCUCUGUUGUGCGAAUAUUUUGGUUGGAGAUGACGGUCAAGCUAGACUUUCAAACCUUCGCUCGUUUUCUCUAUCGCGUAACACGUCGGAGCCUGAGCUUUAUGCACCCUUCACUCGCUGUUCAGGAUCACUCAGAUGGCAAGCACCGGAGUUGGUGAGAGAUGACCCAAAGGCUGACUUGGCCUCGGAUAUCUAUGCGUUUGGAAUGACACUGUUGGAGGCACUUUCAGAAGAGCUGCCUUGGGGAUUCAUGGCUGAUGAGGAAGUUCGUGAGCAAGUACUGGCUGGUAACAUGCCUUCUCCUCCUGUCGGUGUAGAAGAAAAUGUGUGGUCACUAGUUGAGGCCAUGUGUGAUCCUGAUCAGGCUGCAAGACCUGAAAUUAAUACCGUUGUGGAGGAACUCCAGGCUCUAGCUGAAGAGGAGCGCGAGCGCGAUGGUGAUGAUAAAAACUUUCAAGAUGCUUCUUCAAUGACUGCGUUGCCAUUACAUCGAUGCUCCAGUGCAGAUUAUCUACGAGCGGCGGCUCCUUCUUUCAUUACUCCUCCAAACAACGCAUUUAGUGUGCCAGAACUUGUCAGGGUGCAAAGUGGCCCAAUUGUGAACCCACCAGUCAAAAACUCAACGGUAAAGCCUAUGGCUAAGCUUUCAGAAUCAUCGCAGCAAGCUGAGCCUGAGUCACCAACCUCUACCAUAGCAGUCGUGGAACUUCGACAAAAGUGGCUGGGGGUAAAGAUUAACUCGAUUGGAAACCGUGUGGUAGUAAGUAAGUUUUUGCGAACCGAGUCGGGCGCGGCUGGAGAGAUUGAGGCCUCUGGGCGUGUUGAGCGUGGCGAUAUUAUCGUUGCGAUUAAUGGCCAGGGCGUGAGUGGUCUGGACCGUCUUCAAAUCGGUGCCAUCGUUCAGAGUUCACCUCGACCUCUCGAAGUGUCGUUCAAGCGUGAUCCACAGUUGCUUACGGAAUCCUUUCGUUUCCGCGGACUAUCGAUGGAUCCGCGCUGGCGUGACCGUGGCUCGGCACUGCCGUUGCCGGAAUCAUUGAGUCACAUGCUUACUACUAGCGGUGAAGAUGCCAACUUUAAAACUGAAGUUGGCAACGCUGCCGAUCCCUUCUCGCUUGAAAUGUGGUUUUCGCUUGCUAAGCUAAGUGAUACGUUUAUGGGUGGUACUUUACUUGGAGCUCAAGAUUUACCAUUUCAGGAAACAAGUGAUGCUAGUGGUUGGCCUUACGUCCAUCAGCAAUUGAUUUCUGUGGACCCUGCAGGUAAUCUCUGGUGUUCGUUCCUCAAUCGUCCAACACCGAUUUGCAUCGCACGUGAACUGUCACCUAAUCAUUGGUAUCAUCUUGUGGUCACAUAUGGUGGUGAUGCUGGCUUGGAGACUCGAAAUGACCAGCCCGAUAAACUCUUGACGGUCUAUUUGAAUGGCGAGCAACGUCUUUCCGACAAUGGUGCUUUACUUGGAGACUGGACAAAAUUACAUCAUGUUAAUGUUGGUUCAGGUUGUAUCAGUGGUCUCUCUCCAGCAAAACCAGAGCCUCAUUUUACUGGAUGGUUUGGUUUUAGUGGUCUUGUCUUUGAUUUACGACUAUGGAGACGUAAGGAAUUGAAUAGUUGUCAAGUUCAGCUUCUCUUUCGUGGAAGUAAUGAAUUACUGGAUGAUCCGAAUUAUUCACUGCGUCAGGAUCUUCUUUUACUUGAUGAAACAAUUGAGUCAAAAGUGAUUGGAAAAGGUCGAAGACGAAAACAAUUGCAAUCCAUUCGAGUUGCCAAGUUACAAGGUCCACCAUUUGCUGAGCUUGUACGUACAACGUGGCCACAUCAAGUGAUUGCUCAUGUUUAUAGUUAA